CUCACGUGACUAGGAGUCGACGUGUGCAGAAGUGCUGCUAGUCUGGUCCUUGUUCCCUUUUGGGUACCAGCUUACUUCAGCAGCCGCAGAGGCAGUUCCUGGGGCCAGGGGAAGGAGGAAACAACUUGCUGGAGUUUUGCAGAAGUAAUUGUACUCAAGGAGGAAUAAGCAGCAAAAGGGGAAAGAAGAGAAAUAGACACAAGAUGAAACCCUGUGAGAAAUUUGAAGGAAAACUGGAAAAUGAGAGUGAACCAAAGGUUGAGGAAGAGCCAAAACCUGAAGAAAAGCCAGAGGAGAAAGAACCCGAGGAACAGGAGGAGGACGAGGAGGAGGAGGAGGAGGAGGAGGAGGAGGAGGAGGAGGAAACAACAGAAGAAACAUUUAGAGAAAGGCUGAUUCAGUCUCUUCAGGAAUUCAAAGAGGAUAUCCACAACAGGCAUUUAAGCAAUGAUGAUAUGUUUACAGAAGUGAAUGAAAUGGAUGAGAUAAGGAGAGUAAGAAACAAACUGAUAGUGAUGCGUUGGAAGGUUAAUCGAAACCAUCCUUACCCCUACUUAAUGUAGCUUACCUUGGUGUUUUUUCUUCCUUAUGCUAACGUUGUUAUAUAGCUUUCUUUUGAUUUGCUUUCCCUGAUAUGCAUUUGUCCAUCUUCCUACUUUAAAAUUGUUGCAAAUAGUGGCUUUAAUGCAUCUCUUGUUGUAUACUCAUUAUGUCUUCAUUUUCGGACUGAUCUACAAGUAUUUACCUCUUAAUAUGACAGAUUUACUCAUUUGUACAGGAUAUAAAAAAUGAAAAUAAGGUUACUAUGUCAUAUUUUAAUCAUAUUUUUGAAAAAUAAAUACAUUUGUAUAUUACAAGUAUUCAUAAAAAUCAUGUGAUGUUUGACAUGCAAAAGGUACAGAUAGUGGUAGGCUUGUGAGUGAUUUUUUUAUUCUGCUUAUUUGUGUUUCCCUAGUUUCUAGAAUGUACACGCAUUAUGGUUAAAAUAAUAAAAUUUUUAUAGCAAAAAAUAA